AUGCGACAAUACUUCAACGGUCCAGGAACGUGGGGUUUCAUGAUUCAGAGUGAGGAGACACCAGCCUCGGCUGUGAACGCUGACAUUGGUGGCACUGGCAUCAGAGUCGGUCUCUACAUUCCUGUCUGCUUAGCUUUGCUGACCCUUGGUCUUGGCAAUCUGCACAGAGACGACACUGGAGCAAAAGAAAUCGGUAGCGCGCAACUUUUGACGCUAUUCUAUCUCAACUUCAAUGCCUUCAAAGCUGCUACUGCGGGUUUCAAAGAACUUACCUUCCCCGAGGUCAUUGUCGCCUGCAUGACCAUUGACUUUACGGCAGCUGGUCUACACAUGACGACAUCUAGUAAGGAGACUUUGGCAGCUCGAUGGUUUAUGGGCGUGUCGGCAUUGAACCAGAUCGUCGCCGUUGUGAUGAUCAUUGCAAUGCUUGCUCGAAUCAAGCAUAACUACACAGAUCUUCCCGGCGUUGAUAUAGUGUGGUGGAGCCGGAUCAACUCACAUUCUGGACCCUCGAAAGCAGUAUGGCUCUACAUAGCCGCCCGGUGUCUCAUACUUGCUCACGGUUUGUGGUUGGAUGCUCGUUAUUCUCCACUGUUCCACAGACUGGAAAAGGAUUGGUCCUAUUUGGCGGGCGCUGAUCAAGAGAUGGAAAGAGCAAAAGAAGAAGACGAAACGUUGGUCGGAAAGAACGCGGCGGAUGAGUCGGAAUAUCAGUACGCUGUCCUCCCAGCGACUGUAUUCGGAAAGUGGACUGAAUGGCUGCCAAGCCUCUUGGUCGCUGUGACCAGUACAGAAACCCUUGCUGCUCGCCUGCGAUAUCACAGCGACAUCCAGGAGUGGGGCCAGAGCGCAGCUUUGGUCCUUGCCAUUGCUGGUGUAAUGCACUGGGCUUAUGUGAUGGGACAGGUCGUCCGAGAAAAGCUGGAACAACAGUGUUUCCUUCACUGGCUAUUUGAUACUACCCGGCGACUCAAAGUAUUCGAUGCGCGAUCAAGACACCCAGUCAACUAUCCGCGAUAUGCGUACAGAUGUGAAGAAGGGAUUGAUAUUUCAGACGAGAAUCUCCUUCGCACCGCGGAGGCAAACAACAUGACCGCCGUUCGAAAGCUUCUCAGGCAUGACGCAGACAUUAACGCGGUUGAUCAGAAGCAAGGGAUGACCACUGUGCGUUACGCCAUACGGUACGGAAAUGUUGACUUUGUCCGAGAACUUACGAAGAAGGGAGCCAACCUCAGACUGCCAGACAACCUUCCGAUUCUUCUGGUUGCGGCACAAGCAGGACAUCCAAAUAUGAUUCUAUACUUUCUGCACAAGAUCGAAUAUGCUUCAAAGCUUGAGUCUAGAGAAGGCAGAAGUGCACUCUGGUCAGGAUCUCGACACGCUCGCAGAACGGUGACAAGCAGCAUCGGGCCAUGGACUCCUGACGAAGCAGGAAGGACACCACUGUAUGCCGCGGCCGAGGCAGGGCAGUACGCAGCUGUGCGACCGUUGAUAACGCACCUUUGUCCGCCUGACCAACCUUCGCCUGGCUAUUCCGAAGCUCUGAGAAGAGCUCGUAGUGAGCGCUGUGACAAGGCUCUCCGGUGCUUGAUAGCAUGUGGCACAGAGAUUUCAUACCUGGACAAUGACGGCUCUACCAUCCUUCAUGACGCUGUACGAGACUGUCAUGCUCAGGAAGGAAGCCGACUCGUCACUAAAGCAGGGCAAGUCAAUACAACUCACCAGAACCUGGAAGAUAUCUACAGAGAUUUGGAGUGUCUUGCGAAGACCUUCAAGGAGUUCACGAGAUUAGUCGACGUUAGCGACAAGGACGGCCGAACGCCGCUCUCGAUAGCAGUACGAUCGGAUAGUGACAUGUCGUACAAUGAGCACGCCACAAAGAUACUGCUGCAACUUGGUGCAAAUCCAUUUGCAACAGAUUCUGACGGCAAGACCCCCCUUUUAGGCUACUUGGAAUGGAGAGGCCAAUACAUCUCGAGAUGUCCUCGAUACCACCAAGACCCGGUCUGGGCGCACCCGUUUGUACAUGCCCUAUGUCCAAAUCUGAUUCACCCAGCUGAACCAUGGAAUGAGAGCCUAGUCGCCGGUCUUCUUGAUCUACCGCCGAACGUGAUGUACUGGCUGGUGCACGAAACUUGGAUAGCCCCAGAAUCUCAGGUCGGAGCAGACCGACGUCCACUCAUCAUGGAGGCUGUAUAUACUGGCAAGAUUGGUCCUGUCGUUGCACUGCUCACAGCUAACCCAGGGUCAUCGUAUCAUGCUGCGGUAGACAUCAAGCAAUGGCAAUUUCACCGGGCAGGUCAUGAAGAAAACAACUACGCCGAUCCCAUUUCAGCUCGAGCUCUAGAGUCUCUGUGGGAAGAAACUAUCGAGCCGCGCCAGAGAGUCGUCAAAACCAUUGUCUCUGGUGUACUCAUGCUUGACUGGUUUGACAGCAGUAUUUGCAUCCUACCAAAUCCCAAUGACCAUGCAGCCGACGAGAUCAACGUUGUGAUACAGCACGACAUCUACGAGCCACCUAAGUCUAUUCGGAGAAUGAAUGAGGAUGAAUUGAGUCAACGAGCUGAAAAGAAGUACCAUGAGAUCAUAGAACACCUCCGCGAUGAAUCUUACCACCCAGAACUUCUGCCUGAUGGAAUAGCCAGCAGGUACAUCAAGAAAGCCCGGGUGGAACAUCGUGUUCAUUGA